GACCGACGCCUCCAUCGGCUGGGCCGGCACAGCAUGCAGUGACUCGCCGAGGGGCUCCGGAGUCUCCUCAGGCCUGCUGGUAGUAGCCCUGGAUGUCCUUUAGUGAAACAUGGGCUUUGGUGCUGGGCUCUGUGAUGCAGACGCCGCCUCGCCGCCGAGAGAGAAUCGAUGGAUCGGGGGUAACCUCGGCUUGGCCCGGCGAGUCCACAUCCAUGGCCGAUGCUUGGGCGCUGGGAUACGGAGAGCUGGGGGUGCUGGAGGGCUCCGAGGUCGACGACGACGAGGGAAUCGACAGAGGAGGAGGAACGGGACGGCCGGCAGACAUGGGUGGCGAUGGGCAAAGAGGACGAUGGAGGAUGGACAGAGCGGGAGAGCGGGAGAGCGAGCGGCAGGGCAGACGAGCGGCAGGAGGACGAAGACGGGUCGGCGGGGAGACGGACGCGGCGGCAGAGGGUAUGUGUAGCGGUUGGAGAGAGAGGAAACUGCCUGGAAAGCAGAUGGGUUUCUGGCGAUGGACGGCCGUGGGAUACCAGAGCAAGAUGCGGGGCGCCGAAAGUGCGAUGAUGGAGGAGGUCGAUGGCAGGAGAGUGGUCUGCACAGAAAACAAGCACAAGGAGCAGGCACGAGGGCAGGCCGGGAUCAGCAGAGGGGCGAGGAGUGGUGCGGAUGAAGGGCAAGGCCGCGGCAGAAGGCGAAAUUCGGCGAUCGGGAUGGCGGUUGUGAAGGUGGAUUUUAACGACCAGGACGGUGAUUAUAACGACCAGGACGGUGGGUUUUAACGACCAGGACGGUGAUUAUAACGAUCGAGACGGCAGAAAUCCCA